UGUACUGGAAGAGAAGUCUGCAAAGGAUUCAUUCUAUUGCUCCCUCAAACUUCAGUAGUUCUUGUAUUUAGUUAUCUUGUAUUCUAUUUUGAAAAUUACAUACAUCCGUCUUCAUCUUCAUCAUCUAACAAGUUUUUGUUUGAUUGCUUUAGGCAAACUAAAAUCCACAAUAUCGGGGCAAGGCUUGUUGGUGUUGAUAAAGUUGGGAACAAAUAUUAUGAGAAGCUUGACACUCAAUAUGGAAGACACAGGUGGGUUGAAUAUGUGGAGAAAGGUCGCUACAACGCUUCUCAAGUGCCACCAGAAUGGCAUGGUUGGCUACACUACAUAACAGAUCAUACAGGAGACGAGCUUCUGAUGCUAAAGCCACAGAGGUAUCACCUUGAACACAAGGAAAAUUUCACUGGUGAGGGUGAUGAGUUUAUCUACCACUCCAAAGGGCACAGCCUCAAUCCAGGGCAGAGAGACUGGACCAGGUACCAGCCUUGGGAACCAACAAGACCCUGAGCUAUUUCAUGGCAGAUUCCUGAUAAAACUUUUACAAUCCACAGUAUUCUGCUCUUUACUGCUGUAAUAAUGGCUUGCAUUUGUGUAAGCCGUAAAAUCCUUUUGAAGUUAAACAUGAUGUAUGAGUUCAGUAAAUGAGCUUUAAUUGUGAUUUGAUGGCUGGGACGCCAUAUUGUUGUGUAGUGUAAUGUGAUGUGACACCAUUUUGAGUACAGAAUUUAAUCUUGGUAUUCACGACU